AUGGCCAAGGAAAGCUGGUUGGCACAGGCCACUGGCGCUGGUAGUUUCUGCAGCGGCUGCGGUACAGCUGAGCUGUCGCGGGCAGUGCUUCAGCAUGUGGUAAACCAGACAGGUCACGUGACAAUGGAUAUUCCGACUUUGUUCAUGUGGGACUUGGAUCACAGAUGCCAAACAUUGCUGCAAGAGUCUGCGCUCUGGGUAAGGGAUGUGACUGGACACGAUCCUGCAGAUACUUGCCUGUUUGGCGACAUGAUGCAGAUCUUUGAGAAUAGGCAGUUGCUGGUCAAUGGAGGUGAUUUCUCCAAGAAAUUGGGGACAGUGCGUGAAUUGGGUUUGCAGGGAUCUUCCUGCGCGCCUUGCCUGAUGCACAACACACACUGCUGUAUCAGGAAGCCUGCGCAAUUCUGCAUCAGCGGGCUGCCGUGCCCCGACUUCUCCACUGCCGGCAAGCGUUUGAAACGUGAAGGGCCUACCAAUGUUGUGUAUUUGGCACACGGUCACUACCACAAAGUGAACCGUACGCCCCUUUUGCUCAUUGAGUGUACGAAGGAUUUAGAUCUUGGCAUGGUCGAAGACUGCCAUGUGGACUAUGAUUUCUACCAGCUUUUCUCAGAACCGUCCGAUUUCGGAUUUGGUGGCACGGCCCGGUACAGGACGUGGCUGAUGGGGGCUCAGCGUGAGUCAACCUCGUGGCAGAGCGACCCGUUUGAUGUAUACAAUGACAUCGUCGCCCGCUUCAGAGACUCUGACAUUUCAACGCAGGUCAACCACUAUUUAGUGGCCAGUGACACCGAGAUCAAAAUGGAAGCGGCACAGCUGGCACUGGAUCGUGGCCUGGACUCAUUCAAGCCUGGUGAAACACCGUUGGAAUAUUUAUUGAACACCAGGGAGCGAGUGACAUUGGACAGCCUCAACCAGAAAUACUUGGUGCGAUAUGGCGCUGACCCAUCAUUACAGGAGAAUCUCGUCUAUUUUUUAGGCGACUCCGCUGACUACCAGUCCUGGUCGGCAGUGUCAGGGAAGAUACCUACGUUUAGGCUCAAUUCGAGGACGGGAAAAUAUUGGCUUCCGGCCAGAGGCCGGUGGCUAACGGCCAAGGAAAGGCUCACGGCCUUAGGCUUCCCCACGACAAGCGAAGUGGCAGCUUCAAUGCAAGUGCCCCCAAUUGGAGCAGUCGAUGUGCAGCGAGCAAGUGACAUCUGUGGCAACAGCAUGCAUUUUCAGACCUGCGGGAUCAUGCAGUUGCUGACUUUGGCGUGCUUCGGACCAUCCUAG